GGCCAAACCAACAAUGGCAUUAGUUCCUGUGGAGUGUGUUUAUAAGCCCCUGGCCACAGUGAUCUGGUGCUACAUGCAAGAACGUUGUGCAAAAGUGAAGAAGACUGGGACUUAGCACACUGACCUCUGUUAAGUCCAGCCUGCCCUUCUUCCCCACAAUGUUCAACACCACUCUGAACACUACCACCAAUGUCUACGUGAACUCCACUACCACUGGUGGCCCCCGUGGACCUCCUCCAUGGUACCAGUUCCCGGUAUGCGCAGUAGCCCCUUACAGCUUCAUUUUCUACUUCGGGGUCAAGGUGUUCAACCUGGCAGUGGGGACACCAUGUAACAUCCUGGUCAUCUGGCAGAUCAUCACCAAGAAAAGUGACGCGUCCACCUCUGAUAUCUUUAUCUUCAACCUGGCCAUCUUGGACGCCUACUUCUGCUUAAUGACGCCCAUAGAGUUGGUAAACCGUCUGCUGCUGGAUGACAGUCGCGUUUGGUACUCUCAGAGGUUAGCAUAUGGCAUCAAGGACAUGGCACCACUCUUUCUGGUGUGUAUCUGCCUAGACCGCUACAUAGCUGUGGUUCACCCAGUGCUGUUCACUGGUAUUCGAGACAAUAAGAUCCGCAUUGGCCUUUCUGUGGUGGUCUGGGGCCUCAUCCUGGCUUACGGCCUCACCAAGUGCAUCCUGGGAGUCAUUAGCGUCAACGACGUCUUCAGCGUCGUCAUCCUCUUUGCCUUUGCAGUCAUGGUCUUCUGCAACAUCUCCAUCAUCUGGGUCCUUAGACGUUCUGUGGUGGGAAAAGAGGAGAUGCACCCGGUGAAGAAGAAGGCCUUCAAGAUGGUGCUGAUCAUCCUGGCCAUCAUCGUGGGAAACUACUUGCCGGUCGUGGCUCUCAUGCCCUUUGCGUCAUACUACUCCUACGUGGCGUUCCGCUGCCAGAUCAGCACUAGUGUGUUCUCUAUCAUGGAUCUGAGCUGCAGCAUUGAGCCUCUCCUCUACAUCACGAAGAUGGAUCGCGUGGACGGCAGGUGCUGUGGACAGAGUUUCUCCAAGAAGCCGCAUGUUGUGAAGGUGUGAUCAAGCUUCAUAAAUUAUCCCUAUUCCCAUUUUAACCAUGGACCAA